AUGGGUUUAACCUCACAGUCAGCAACAUCGUCUAAUGGACUCAAUAAUCAUGCACGAAGUUCUGAGCCAAGACUGCUAUUCAUUAAUAAUGAAACACCAAUUACGUUCGGCGUCAAACGUGAUGUGCCCCAAAGACAUUCUCUGAUGGAAAAAAUAAAAGAGCAUGGUGGCGAAGUCACUGAAAAUUAUUGUGAUGCUGAUUUUGUUCUUGGCGACCCUACAAAAACACAAAUACCGAUGCAAGGAAUUGAUAAAGUAACUAAUUAUAAAUUUGUAUUGGAUUCGAUUAACGCAGGAAGAUUAAGACCUCCAAGUAGUUAUGAAUUGGUCAUUUCUGGCUCAAGAUCCGGUCGACGUAAUUUUACAGUACAAGAUGAUAGAGACUUGGAAAAUUAUCUGAAAUCAAUAUCUGAAGGACUUAGAGGAAAUGAAAUAUAUAAGAAAUUUGAAAAAAUUAAUCCGCGACAUACGUGGCAGGCAUGGCGUUCUCGAGCGGUCAGAAAAUUUGUGGGCAAUAUUAAUGUUACUCCCAAUGCACAAACAAUAAGUAAAGUCCGGUCAGCCAAUAAUUCACCUGCGUUGCAUGAUGCAGACUCAGAUGAUUUAGCAACGGAAAAAAUACUAGAAUCUGCUAUAAGAAAAAAUCAAGAAAAUGAAAUAACAGAUGCAAAUGACGAUGAGUUAGCAGAGCUGACUAGUCCUUUAUCACAAAAUUCCAGAAUAAAUAAAUAUACUUCGUUAGAUGAAGAAUAUGACGUUUCUGAGUCUUUUGAAACAAUUUCUGGAGAUUCCUUUACUGAACCUCGCCCAACUCAUCGAAACUUAGAACUAGGCAAAAGGCGUCGCACUGAUGAGGAUGUACGGGAACAACCGACAUCCAAACGUUCGAGAUAUUCAGCUGUUGAUGAAGAAUUUUUGCUUAAAGUUAAAGAAUUGUCUGAAGAAUUCCAUGUUCCUAAGACUGAGGUGAUUCGAAUACUAGGCGAUGCUACAUGUGAUUUCGCAAUUGCAAGAGAAUACCUAAGUAAUAACGCAAUCGGCGAAAAAUAUCUUUGGGAAAAUGAAGAAGAUGCUAUCCUGUCUUUGACAAAAGAUGACUCACAAUUUGGAGACAUUUUACGAAAACACGGCAUUGAACUAACGAGGGAAAGGAUGAGAUUUCUUGAUUCUUUGACUUUAUAUAAUCUGAUAAAUAAAUAA